GUGCAAAAUUACAAGGGGGGCGGCGGCGGCAGAGAAAGGGGGUGUCGUUUAGGUUGCAAUUCUCUGCACGCUUACUUAGCACUUAGUUCAUGAGAUCCCGCGGAAAGAAGUGACUCAUGCCGAUUAGGCAUAGAUAGCAUUACGGAGGACUGCCAUCCGAUCUUUUUCAUCAAGGGAUAAAGCCCCAGUAAAUAUAACAGUAUUGGGCGAGUAAGCGUUGUGGGAAAAGACAACGUGAAUUUUAAUCUGCAAAAUGCAGACUUUAAUGCCCGAGCCUCAAAUUUAUGUUGAAAGAACCUUGGCAAUCAUCAAGCCAGAUAUUAUCAACAAAGAAGUAGAAAUAGAAGAUAUAAUUCUCAGAUCAGGAUUUACUAUUGUUCAGAAAAGAAAGCUUCAGCUAAGUCCAGAGCAAUGUAGCAACUUCUAUGUAGAACAGUAUGGGAAAAUGUUCUUUCCAAAUCUGACAGCUUACAUGAGUUCUGGACCUUUAGUUGCAAUGGUUCUUGCUCGGCAAAAGGCAAUCUCAUACUGGAAGGAACUUCUUGGACCUUCAAGUAGUAUAGUAGCUAAGGAAACACAUCCUGACAGUUUAAGAGCAAUCUAUGGAACAGAUGAUCUGAGGAAUGGACUUCAUGGUAGUGCCAACUUUUCCUCAGCUGAAACAGAAAUCCGAUUCAUGUUUCCUGAAGUAUUGAUUGAACCAAUUCCAACUAAGCAAGCUGCUAAGGAUUACCUUAAUUUAUAUGUCAUACCUACUCUACUGAAAGGACUGACAGCGCUAUCUAAGAAGAAACCAGCAGAUCCUUUUGUAUGUAUCACAAGAAAGACCCAUAUCAAGAGGCAGAAUGAGUAUGAGAUAACAACUGGUCGCCUUACUUUGCUAAGGAAAAAAUGUCCCUUGCUCCAUAACAGAUAGAAAUCCAAAGGAAAAAUUGAUGGUUGAUAAGAGCAGUAGUUGUUUAUAUGCAUAUUGAGUUUGGUCCCUUCAAGCUAGAAUGCCCAUAAUUGGUGAGCCUUUGUGUUUCAGGAGCAGUCUAGACUGACUGCCUCCUUCACCAUCACCUACUCAGACACACUGGUAUAUUUUCAAAAGCAAAAAAUCAUUAAAAGAAAGGUUUAGGAAUUUUAAAGAGUUUCUACUUUCCUCACUGUUUUAUAAAAGAGAAAUAUUAAAGGAAUUUGGUCAGGAGACAUACAGAGUUUGAAUGCCUCCUGUUAGCAAACCGUAUCUUGAUACAGAAAUUAAGGGAGGAAUUUUGUUGUUGCUCUUUUGGAUAGAUAUGGCUGGCUGAUUGGCUAAUCGAAAAUAAUCCAAAUACACCUAAGUUGCGGAAUAAUGUGAUUGUGGAGGAACCUUAAAAGAAGAGACUGCCAGUUAAAU